GAGAGCGGCUGAUAAAAAGCUGCAGGGUCUCGGUGCAUUCUGCAGAGCUUCACUCUUCACCAUCAUGGCUUUCUGCAAACUCCUGACCGUGCUGGUGCUGAUCCACUACUGUGGAGGUCUGUUUGGUGCUGAGGUGGGGAGCUCCAUCAUCGGGGGGAAGAACGCUCCAAAAGGCGGGUGGCCGUGGAUGGUUUACCUCAAUGUCUUCAGUAGCCGCACCAAAAAGUGGCGCUGCGGUGGAACCAUCCUCAACAGUCAGUGGGUGCUCACUGCUGCCAACUGCUGGGACAAAGACCCUAGGCCUGACGUGACCCGCUCCAUGGCCUGGGUCGGCUCCCAUGACCUGCAGAAGGCGUCGGCUCGUUACAUGGGCAUCGAGUUUGACAUGCCUCAUCCUGGAUAUCGAGCCGUGGGCAACGGCUACAUCAACGACCUCUCCCUGGUGAAGCUGAAGAAGACGAUCACUUUCUCUCAGCUCGUUAAACCGAUCCGGCUGCCGAGAGCCACCGACUCCUUCGACUCUUCGUCCGAGUGUUGGAUCACAGGAUGGGGGAACGUCGGAGAUGAGGUUCCCCUCCCUUCUCCAGAAACCCUUCAGCAGCUGAGGAUUCCCAUCAUCCCUCAGAACGUCUGUAAGGAGACCUAUCCUAACCUGACCGAUGAGCAGCUGUGUGCAGGAGACCUGGCUGGAGGAAAGGACGCCUGCAAGGGGGAUUACGGCGGCCCACUGGUGUGCCGUAGUGGCGGUGACUUUGUCCAGGUGGGCAUCAUGAGCUAUGGCAGUUGUGGUCUUCCUGGUCAUCCUGGGGUCUACACCCGUGUCUCCAGCUUCGUGGACUACAUCAACAGCUACAUCAACCAAGGCCAGGAAGCUUCUGCUGAGUUCUAGACGCCACUCCUCUCCUGAAAACCGGCUUUUCUCUGACAGCUCUUAGUCUGUGCUACACACCAACAAUAUCAAUCUCUGCAUUAAAGCUUUGAAGCAUC